AUGAGUAGAGACGUUAUGGCGCAAUUUCUCAAGAAUUUGGGAACCGUUUUAAUGAGUGCAUUUGACAUUCCAAAUAUACUAAAGCUAGCUGAGAAGUAUUCAUAUGAUUUCAUUGAAGAGGAAAAACGAAGGCUUCCGUUUCAACUCGGAAACUACUUUAAUUUUGUGAAAAAAGAUAAACAAUUCGCCAACUUGGAUGGUUUGUCAAGUCUUCUUGUUCUCGUAUUACCCGUCGCAACCGCAAACGUUGAAAGAUGUUUUUCGGCAAUGCAGAAUGUGAAGACCGACUUGCGUAAUCGGAUUGGGGAUGAGAAUUUAAGUGAUAGUUGUAUUUCAAAAAAUGAGAACCCGUAG